AGGGCGGCUGUCGGGGGGGGGCGGCCGGGAUUGCAGCUAUCAGUCUUUUUUCAUGCCAGCCCGGAUGGGAGGCUGUUUGGACGCACUGCUUACUCACCAGCCUCCUCCUUUUGUCUGCCAGCCCAGCCUGACUCCUUGAGAUUGUGAAUAGCUCCAUCCAGGCUGUGAAGCUAGCUGGACGCUGGACGGCUGAGCCCGGCUCCUUCCAGAUCGCCCUACAGGCCCCAUGCUACAGCUGGAGCCCUCCUCUGGGCUGGGGGGCCGCUGGCCUGGCCUCCUGCCUAUGCUCCUGGCUCUCCUUGGCGUGGCUUGGGCAGAGGUGCAGCUGCUCCAGCUGUGGGAGGAGCAGGCUCCAAUGUCUGGAGCCCUGAGCAGGAAGGAGAGUUUCCUGCUCCUCUCCCUGCACAACCGCCUGCGCAGCCGGGUGCAGCCCCCUGCGGCCAACAUGCGGAGAAUGGACUGGAGUGAGAGCCUGGCCCGACAGGCUCAAGCCAGGGCCGCCCUCUGUGGUGGCCCAGCCCCAACCCUGGGGCCCACCCGCCUGGCCACUUCACACUUGGGCUGGAAUGUGCAGCUGCUGCCUGUGGGCUCCGCAUCCUUCGUCCAGGUGGUGGGCCUAUGGUUCGAAGAGGGCCAGUGGUACAGCCACGCAGCGGCCGAGUGUGCCCACAAUGCCACCUGUACCCACUACACCCAGCUUGUGUGGGCCACCUCGAGCCAGCUGGGCUGCGGGCGACACCCUUGCUCUGGGCACCAGGCUGAGAUGGAAGCCUUUGUCUGCGCCUACUCCCCCGGAGGCAACUGGGAGGUCAACGGGAAGACGAUCGUCCCCUACAAGAAGGGCGCCUGGUGUUCGCUCUGCACGGCCAGCAUCUCAGGCUGCUUCAAAGCCUGGGACCAUGCAGGGGGGCUCUGUGAAGUCCCCAGGAACCCGUGCCGCAUGAGCUGCCGGAACCACGGGCAUCUCAACAUCAGCACCUGCCACUGCCACUGUCCCCCUGGCUACACGGGCAGGUACUGCCAAGUGCGGUGCAGCGUGCAGUGCGUGCACGGCCGGUUCCGGGAAGAGGAGUGCUCCUGCGUCUGCGACGUGGGCUACGGGGGAGCCCAGUGCGCCACCAGGGUACACUUUCCCUUCCACUCCUGUGACCUGAGGAUCGACGGGGACUGCUUCAUGGUGUCUUCGGAGGCAGACACCUAUUACGGAGCCAAGAUGAAAUGCCAGGUGUUGCAGGGAAAGGGCGGGGUCCUCGCCCAGAUCGAGAGCCAGAAGGUGCAAGACAUCCUCGCCUUCUACCUGGGCCGCCUGGAGACAACCAACGAGGUGACAGACAGCGACUUUGAGACCAGGAACUUCUGGAUCGGGCUCACCUACAAGACCUCCAAGGACUCCUUCCGCUGGUCUACCGGGGAGCACCAGUCCUUCACCAGUUUUGCCUUUGGGCAGCCUGACAACCAAGGGUUUGGCAACUGCGUGGAGCUGCAGGCCUCCACUGCCUUCAACUGGAACGACCAGCGCUGUAGAACCCGAAACCGCUACAUCUGCCAGUUUGGUGAGGGCCCUCCCACGGCCCCUGCCCCUGCGGCCCUGUCCCCCCUGGGGUGGCUGCCAGGCCCCACCCAGUCGGCCAGGACAUCCAGCCCGCAGGCCUGGAGAGUGUCCGGGCCCACAGGGCCACUGAGAACGCCCUGCUCCAGGAGGGCAACUCUGAGGCCCCAUGAGGAGAGGCGAGCACAGCCUCACCGAGCGCGGAAUUCACCCAGUGGCCCGACGGAACGCGCAGCCUGACCCGGCUUUCUCCAAGGUCCCUUCCUCCUGUCUGCGAAAUUGCUUCCUGGGGAGCCUGUUGGGCUCCUCAAUGUCACCUGACUCUCUGGAGCCCAGUGAACUCUGGCGGGAGGCAGAGGGGAAGCCUGGCCUGGAGCCGGCUCCCAGUAGCACCUGCUGGGAGGGUCUGGAGCUACACAGGACCAUGGCCAAGGGUACUUCUGGACCAAGUGCAGGUCCCCUUCCCAGGACUCCCUGGGCUGCCAUCGAGCCUCGCUCUGUUCUCUUCCUUCCCAGCUCAGGAGCACAUUUCCCGCUGGGGCCCAGGGCCCUGAAGCUCAGCCAUGCCUCUCCCUUGCCUCUGCCUGGGUGCACCAGCCCUGUCUGCUUGUCUGCCUGUGUCUCUGGAACAAGGGCCAGGCCUGGACCUCAAGCCCAACAUCUGAAGAGGUCCCAGACCUUGCAGGAAGCAGGGCGGGGCCAAUAGGGAGGCUAGCAUAGGGGAAGGGGAGCCUGGGGCCCCUCAGCCUGCUUCUGAUCAGGGAGAUGGGCCUCAGUUAGGUGGUGAAACAAGAGCCAAGGUCAGGGGCAGACGAGACCGAGACUGCUCUCCUCCAUCUGGGCUGGACCCUCUGGGGCAGAUGGAGGUUCCCAGUGGCCCAGGAUGCAGCCCACAAAAGAUUAAACUAAGUUAUGGAACAAA